UUUAUCGCUGCUCCCUAGAGUCUAUCUGAACUUCUGCUGGAAGAAUUGAAAACUUGAAAUGGGGAAGGAAACCGAUAUAUGGGACGAUUCAGCUCUCAUCAAUGCCUUCAAUGACGCCAUUUCUAAAUACAAGAAGAUGCAUAACAAAGGAUAUCAGGACAAUUCAGCUGAGGGAGAGAAAGAGAGAAACACUGCUGAAAACGUGUCUGAUCGAAUUGAUCAAAGUCAUGACGAUACUAGACAAAUAGAGGUGCAUGAUGAUGGCAAUGCUGUAUCAAACACUGGACCCGAAGCGGGAAUAGCUAAUGAUCUUCCUCAAAGUCAGGAAAGUUAUCAUGCCAAUUCACAUGGUCAAGAGGCUUUCAUGCAAACAUCACAUAUUCCCCACACACAAAAGGUUCUUGAUGGCUUCUCAUAUUCACAAGAUGUAGGAGAGUAUAAUAAAUUACUUAGCCAGUAUUAUGAACUCGAGGAGCAGCGGCAAAAAGUUCUACAGCAACUUCAUGAAGCGGGUUACUGGAAUUACCAAGGCAUUGGCGAAGGUUCUGGUUCUUCUGCACAGUGGGGUGCAUGUUCUACUUUUCAGGAACAACAUCAAGUACCUAUACAUCAAUCCUCUCUGCCAGGGGUGGUUUCUUCUUGCUGCCCAUACGUUUGCCCUUGUUUGGUGGCUCCAUGCUCUUCACUACCUUGUUGUGCUUCAAGUGGAAGUUGCGUCAGUAACAUUGGCACUGAUGUUAAUACUGCUUCAUGUAUGAUGGGUCCUCAAAAGUCCUCAUCUUUUGAGGAUGACAUUGUUGUUAAAACCGGAUUGGGAGCUGCAGAAAGAGCAAUUUCUUCAUUUAAGAUGACGAAAUCUAGUGCUUCAAAUAUCCAUGAAGAAAGAGAGAAAGACGUGAAAAGCGGUUCAAGUUUGUCAGAAGAUAAAAUGGUGCAAUGUAUGAAUUCGGAUACAGAUCUUGGUGUAGUUUUGCAUGCUUGGUACUCUGCAGGCUUCUAUACGGGAAAGUAUCUUGUAGAGCAGUCGAUGAAGGGAAAGCAAGGGUAGCUGUUGUUUUCAUCAAUUCCAUUAAACU